AUGGGGCUGUGGUGGGUCACAGUGCAGCCUCCAGCUAUGAGUACGGGGUGGUUUCCCCUUUUGCUGCUUCUGACACGGUGUCCAAGGGCUCUUGGGCAACGCUCACCAUUGAAUGACUUCCAGCUGCUCCGGGGCAUGGAGUUAAAGAACCUCCUGCAUACAGUGGCCCCAGGACCAUGGCAGGAGGAUGUGGCAGAUGCGGAGGAGUGUGCAAGGCGCUGUGGGCCCCUUCUGGACUGUCGAGCCUUCCACUACAACCUGAGUAGCCAUGGUUGCCAGUUGCUUCCGUGGACUGAGUACUCGCCCCACACACAGCUCCACCAGUCAAGUCUGUGUGAUCUUUUCCAGAAGAAAGACUAUGUACGAACCUGCAUUAUGGACAACGGGGUCAGCUACCGAGGCACUGUGGCCAGGACAGUUGAUGGCCUGCCCUGCCAAGCCUGGAACCGCAGGUUCCCCAAUGACCACAAGUAUAGGCCCACACCGAAGAAUGGCCUGGAAGAGAACUUCUGCCGAAAUCCCGACAGGGACUCUAGAGGUCCCUGGUGCUAUACAACAAGCGGCAGCGUGCGGUUCCAGACCUGCGGCAUCAAGUCCUGCAGGGACGCUGUUUGUGUUUCGUGCAACGGGGAGGAUUACCGUGGCCAGGUAGACGUUACAGAGUCAGGUCGCGAGUGUCAACGCUGGGACCUGCAACACCCUCACUCGCACCCUUUCCAGCCUGACAAGUUCCUUGACAAAGCUCUGAAUGACAACUAUUGCCGUAAUCCGGACGGAUCUGAGCGGCCCUGGUGCUACACCACAGACCCGAAUAUCCAACGAGAAUUCUGCGACCUUCCCAGUUGCGGGCCCAACCUGCCACUGACCACCAAAGCAUCCAAGUCACACCGGCGCAGCAAGGGCAAGACUUUUAACUGCUUCCGCGGGAAAGGCGAAGACUAUCGAGGCACAACCAACACCACUUCUGCGGGUGUGCCCUGCCAGCGGUGGGAUGCACAGAGCCCACACCAGCACCGCUUUGUGCCGGAGAAAUAUGCUUGCAAGGACCUUCGGGAGAAUUUCUGCCGGAAUCCUGAUGGCUCCGAGGCGCCUUGGUGCUUCACAUCUCGACCUGGUUUGCGAGUGGCGUUUUGCUACCAGAUCCCGCGCUGUACAGAGGAAGUGGUGCCAGAGGGUGAGGCUGGAGCAGGAGGUACAGAGCCAGGCCAGGAACCGGGAACCGACCCUGGGGCUGACCGCUGCCCUUGCCUGCCCACCACAGGCUGCUACCACGGCUCAGGUGAACAGUAUCGCGGCUUGGUCAACAAGACCCGCAAGGGUGUUCAGUGCCAGCACUGGUCCGCGGAGACACCACACAAGCCGCAAUUCACACCCACCUCAGCACCGCAGGCGGGAUUGGAGGCCAACUUCUGCCGGAACCCAGACGGAGACAGCCAUGGGCCCUGGUGCUAUACUUUGGAUCCAGCAACCCUGUUUGACUACUGUGCCCUACAACGCUGUGAUGAUGACCAGCCACCAUCCAUCCUGGACCCCCCAGACCAGGUGCAGUUUGACAAGUGUGGCAAGAGACUUGACAAGAGCAACAAACUUCGUGUGGUGGGGGGCCAUCCUGGGACCUCACCAUGGACAGUCAGCUUGAGGAACCGACAGGGCCAGCAUUUCUGUGGCGGGUCCCUAGUGAAGGAGCAGUGGGUACUGACUGCUCGGCAAUGCGUCUGGUCAUGUCAUGAGCCUCUCGCAGGAUACGAGGUAUGGCUGGGUACGAUCAACCAGAACCCACAGCCUGGAGAGGCAAACCUGCAGAAGGUCCCAGUGGCUAAGGCAGUUUGCGGACCUGCAGGCUCCCAGCUUGUUCUGCUCAAGCUGGAGAGACCUGUGACUCUGAACCAUCAUGUGGCCCUGAUUUGUCUGCCUCCUGAGCAGUAUGUGGUACCUCCAGGAACCACGUGUGAGAUUGCAGGCUGGGGUGAAUCCAAAGGUACAAGCAAUAACACAGUCCUUCACGUGGCCUCGAUGAAGGUCAUCUCCAACCAAGACUGUAACGUGAAGCACCGAGGACACGUACAAGAGAGUGAGAUGUGCACUGAGGGACUGCUGGUCCCCACAGGGGCUUGUGAGGGUGACUACGGGGGACCACUUGCCUGCUAUACCCAUGACUGCUGGGUCCUAGAGGGACUUAUAAUCCCUAAUAGAGUAUGUGCACGGCCCCGCUGGCCAGCUAUCUUCACACGUGUGUCGGUAUUUGUAGACUGGAUUAACAAAGUCAUACAGCUGGAGUAGGCCUGGUUAGAUCCCUUAGGGAUGACAAGACUUCUCAAACAUAAAGCAACCUUUCUCUCUGUCUGUA